CACCAUCAGAUCGAUAGUCUCCAAUCUCAAGUGUACUCCUCUAAUUCUCGUCACUCCUCUCCAUUUUUUACCCCCACAAAAACCCACCGAGCCAGUCGUGAAAGGUCCUUUUGAUUAAGCCCUCGAGCUUGCGUUUGGCCGAUCAAGUGGAACGAAAACUGAGCUGAGUGUCAACUGAGAAGGCACUUUCAGUCACGAGCAAAAUGGCAGGAAGUAACCGAGACAUCCUUUAUCUCUUUGAUCGUCCGGCGGAGCCCGUUUACGUACCAAAGGGCGAUGAGAAAGUAGCAUUCGAUAUUCCGGCCAAUUAUUUGGCCGACAGAUAUCGAUCGGUAGCUGGGUCAAUUCUGAAUCGUUUCAACGAUGAAACCGAUUCAAAAAUAUCGGUAAAGGAGAUAACAAUUCCGGACUUGAGUAUACCAAUGCAACUAGGAAGACGCGAACCAUUCUCGCUAUUUAUCAAGGCUCAUCGGAGAAUGGCUGGUGUACUAAUUAAGAUAUUCCUCGGUAUGCGAACGUACGAGGAUUUUUUAUCGAUUAGCGUCUACUGCCGCGAUCGCCUAAAUCCAAAUAUGUUCAUCUACGCCCUGUCCGUUGCUAUUCUCAAUCGACCUGAUACGAAGAAUCUUCCAAUUCCACCCCUCCACGAGGUAUUCCCGGAUAAGUACAUGGACGGGGGAAUUUUCUCACGGGCUAAGGAGGAGGCUAAUGUUGUGCCUGCUGGCUCCCGGAUCCCGCUGGAGAUUCCCCUUGAUUACACGGCGUCAGAUUUAGACGAGGAACAUCGUGUGGCAUAUUGGCGUGAGGAUCUCGGCAUCAAUCUUCAUCAUUGGCACUGGCAUCUGGUUUAUCCCUUCGACGGUGACAGAAGCAUUGUGAACAAAGACAGACGUGGGGAGCUUUUCUACUACAUGCACCAGCAGAUUAUGGCCAGAUACAACGCUGAGCGUCUGUGCAAUCGUUUGUCACGCGUGAAGAGGCUGAAUAAUUUUCAAGAUCCCAUACCAGAGGCUUACUUCCCAAAACUAGACUCCUUAGUUUCCAGUAGAACUUGGCCAUCGCGUCCAGCUGGCGCUAAACUGUACGACAUAAAUCGAACAGUCGACCAAGUGCAAUUUGACCUUGCAGACAUGACAAGAUGGAGAGAUCGCAUCUACGAGGCCAUACACAGGGGCUCCUACGUGAAUGCCCAGGGCCAGACGGUGCAAUUUACCGAAAAGGGUGGUAUUGAUGUUCUUGGUAACAUGGUUGAGGCCAGCAUUCUGACACCCAAUGAGAAUUUGUAUGGUGAUCUUCAUAACCUCGGGCACGUGGCUAUUUCUUAUUGCCACGAUCCCGACCAUCGCUAUUUGGAAUCAUUUGGAGUGAUGGGGGAUUCAGCAACAGCUAUGAGAGACCCCAUAUUCUACAGAUGGCACGCCUUCAUCAACGACAUCUUCCUGGAGCACAAGACAACUUUGCCUGCAUACGAGCGCAAUCAGCUAGAAUAUCCUGGAAUUGAUAUCUCAAGUCUGCAAGUGGCCACACCCAAUCAGACCCCCAAUGUCUUGAUGACUUUCUGGAACAAGAGUGACGUUGAUCUCUCUCGGGGUCUUGAUUUCACUCCCAGAGGGCCAGUACUCGCCAGAUUCACACAUCUCAAUCACGCAGGAUUCACCUACACGAUAACUGUCAAUAACCGGGGAAAUAAUAAUCAAAUGGGAACCGUGAGAAUUUUUAUCGGUCCAAAGAACGACGAACGCAAUGUUCCCCUGAACAUACGCGAUCAACAGCAACUCAUGAUUGAACUCGACAAGUUCACUGUUACACUACGUCCCGGCCAGAACACGAUAACGAGAAAUUCGAAGGACUCGAGCGUGACAAUUCCAUUUGAACGAACUUUCCGUAAUCUCGACAGCAAUAGACCAACUGGUGGUGAUAGCCUUGAACAAUUCAAUCUCUGUGGAUGUGGAUGGCCACAGCACAUGCUUAUACCAAAAGGUAGUGCCGAUGGAUUCCCGAUGUAUCUCUUCGUCAUGGUAUCAGAUUUUGCAGGGGAUGUGGUUGAACAAGCUCAGCCAGUGGGAUGCAGCGAUGCCGGAAGUUACUGCGGUAUUCGGGAUAGAAAAUAUCCUGAUGCUCGUUCUAUGGGUUAUCCAUUCGAUCGCCGACCACGUGCUGGAGUGGAGAGCCUCCAGCAAUUUCUAACUCCUAACAUGGCUGCGACUGAGAUAAGCGUUAGAUUCACUGAUUCUGUACUGCCACGGACACGAUCUGGUAGCGUUGAUAAUGCACUGACUUUCGCUUGAACGAUUCCAACGGAAGAGAACUAUUCAAUUUUGAAUUAUGAUUAUUGAUCAUUUGUAAAACUAAUUUUUUCAAAAUUAUAAAUAAACAUGUUCUUCAACACCA